GGUGCCCGGACGCGGAAGACCUGGCCCCGCGGAGGUUCCCGCUUCUGAGGCGUGGGAGGCGGAAGAGGCGGCAGGUUGUAGAUUUUGGUCUUGGCCCCAAGGGGUUCCCCCGGGCCAUUAGAACCCAAGAGAGGAAGAGGAGGCACCGCGGCGGCGGCUGAGGGGCCGAACCCCCCACCUGUCCCCCAGGCGGGGAGGGGGGGUAGGGAGGGGAGAAGCACCCCUCGCAGGGCUGAGGAGCCUUCGGGACCGGGUCCCAGAGCAUGGGGGGCUGGACCGGGUCCCCGAGCAUGGGGAGCUGGAGCCGUCGAGGCCACCCGGCCGGGCCCUGCCCGACUGUCAGCUUUUCGGUGCUAGCGCUGCCCGGGCAGCCGCGGUGUCUGUAGCCCGGCCCCGCUUGAGGUCGUCGGCCGAAAGAUAGCAACAUGAGUUCCGCCGCUGCCUAGUUUCCUCCCCCUCCUCUUCUCCCUCCGUCCGCUUCCUUCUCUUCUCCUUCCUCUCUCCUCUUCCCCAUACCUCGUCUUUUUCUUUCCCUCCCUCGUGUUCCUCUUUUCCCUCCACCCUGCCCUCCUCCUCCCCCUCGCUCCUCCUCCUCUCCCCCGUCUUCUUCCUUUCCCGACCCUGUCCUCCUUUUACCCUGUUUUCCUGCUUUUCCAUCGCUCCGCUUUUCCUGCCUCUUGCUCUUUUUCCCUCCAUUCCUCUUUCCUCCAUCCUCUUCCUUUAUUCUGUCACCAUCCCCCAGCACCUCACCUCCCUCUCCACUACCACCUCCCCUCCCUCCUCCCCUCACUCACUGUCAUCCUCCCUUCCUCAUCCUCAUCCUCCUUCCCUCCUCCUCCUCUCCUGCUUUUCUCCGCCCCUUAGCCCCCGCCCCCAAGCCUCCGCCCCUUAGCCCCCGCCCCCAGCUGCCAGUCCCCAGCAGCUCAGUCCUGCAGUGAGAGUCUUGGGAGUCCAUAGCUAAGCACCAGGAGCUGAGCACUUGUCCGCUGUGCCUGCCUGCGAGUCUCCGACAUGGCUCAGGAGAAAAUGGAGCUGGACUUUGAGCCUGAUACAUCUGAUGGGGGCACCCUGAGGAGAUCCAGCAGCGCUCCCCUGAUCCAUGGGCUCAGUGACCUUUCACAGGUUUUUCAACCUUAUACCUUUAGAACUCGGAGGAAUAGUACAACGAUUAUGAGCCGUCAUAGCCUGUUGCUGUCAUCCUCGCCUAACCGUGUUCCUAGCAGCAGACUGCAUCAGAUCAAAAGGGAGGAGGGCAUGGAUAUGAUGAACAGGGAAACUGCACAUGAACGGGAAGUGCAGACAGCAAUGCAGAUAAGCCAAUCAUGGGAUGAGAGCUUGAGCCUGAGUGACAGCGAUUUUGAGAAGCCGGAGAAACUAUAUUCUCCAAAAAGGAUUGACUUCACUCCAGUUUCUCCGGCACCAUCACCCACCAGAGGAUUUGGAAAGCAAUGUUUUUCACCAUCCUUACAAAUGUUUGUGAGCAGCAGCGGGCUGCCACCAAGUCCCGUUCCUGGUCCAAGACGCUUUACCAGCAGGAGGAGUCAGAGUCCAGUCAAGUGCAUCAGGCCCAGUGUUCUUGGUCCUCUGAAAAGAAAAGGUGAAAUGGAGACAGAAAGCCAGCCCAAGAGGCUCUUCCAAGGCACUACCAGUAUGCUGUCUCCGGAGGCUGCGCAACUGUCUGAUCUCAGUUCAUGUUCAGAUAUUUUGGAUGGCAGUAGUAGAAGCAGUGGCUUAUCCUCAAACUCCCUGGCUAAAGGCAGCACAACCGCAGAGUCUCCAGUAGCAUGCUCCAAUUCAUGCUCUCCGUUCAUCUUGAUGGAUGAUCUCUCACCCAAGUGACUUACCCAUUUCUGAUUCAGCGUCUUAACUGCUGUUCCUUGCAUAAAACAUUCAGUGAGGAACGCAGAGAACUUUGAUCCAUAUGAGGAUUAAAGUGUGACAGACUUAAAAAAAACCCACUUCGAUGCCAUUCUUUUUGGCAUCUCUCUCUAAAAGUUCAAGUUUACAAGUGUAGUGACCUUACUUAUGUCUCUUUGCGGAUCUCAUUUUGGAUCUAGUGACUAAAUCUCCAAUACUCAUUUUCUGUUGCUUAGAAUACACACACACACACACACACACACACACACACACACACACACACACACACACACACACACACACACACACACACACAUUUGUUUUCCUCAGUGCCUCAGAGAGCACCUAUUGUAGAGUCUAUACGUUUAAGGAAAGCACUGAUGUGUGGUUCUUUUUCCCAGCAGUGACACAACAGCUAAAGUUGAUCAGAAAUUCUCUUGCUUGAGAGAUUUGGUUUUUUUUUGUUUUGUUUUUGUUUUGUUCUCUGUUGACUACAUAGUUUUAGAUCUCUUUAUUUCACAGUAAUAGAUGGAUUGCUUUCGAUUAUAUUAAAUUUUUAUUUUUCUGCAUCAGCUUAAAGUACAUCAUUUUGUUUCCCUUUCCUGUUUGAGCUGCUUACUUGCCAUUUCUCAGAGGGGAAGAAACACGUAGUCGCUUUCAUUACUAUCCAUAUCGCUUCUUUGCUGGUGGAGUGUAUGACGUGAGGAUUGAUUUUAGUGCUGAGAAUGUAAAUGGACUUGACAGGAUGCCUGGAUGACUCACCACAGGUUCUUAUGCCUUAGCCACCACAGUUGAUAUUUUUCUCCCCAAACCUGUUGCCCGAAGGAAUAUAUAAAAUAUUGUUAAUGUUUCUAGGUGGUGUUAUCAAGGAGAAGAAAUUCCUGCCUUGACCAGAUGUGUGGAGCAUCUACAAAUGAAUGAAUAAUGUUAUUUACACCCAAAGCACUGUGUAGAAAAGCAUACAUGGAGCUUGACAGCUUGUUUCGGGUGGUAUUAUGAGGCCUGAGGUGCCUUGGGGUACAGUGUUGUGCUGUAAAGAUGGAUGUUAUAAGGUAGGGUAGAAAAGGGGGCUUUAUGUGUCUGAUUGCCACAUACUGUUUCGAUUGCUGCUUUUUUUUUUUUCCCUGAUUACUUUUCUGUUACUGGAUUUGUUGGUUUUGUCGCGUGGUGAGUGCGUGCUGCUGCCGACUGUGUUUGGGUUGUCGUGUUGCCACCAGAGUCCGAGUCCAGUUCUUGUGGAUGCUGCCUCCUAGUAAGGGCAAUUUAAUAUCUACGAGGAAGCUUUUAGGAGCUGAAAAAAAGUUAAUGUUACUGUGCAUUCUGCUUUUAAGAAGCUGUUUGAGCUGUGAACAGUGUACAUGAUAGUAAGUCUGAGGUACCAUAAGUUAUUUAAUUUUUAAAAGGGGAAAAUCCUGCUAGAGCUAUUUAAAAAACAAAACAAAACCCGAGUGUAAUCUAUCGUUGUGUUAUUUAUUAUUUAAAAAUGUGUAAAAAUGUCUGUUGUGCUAGGUUUCUUUUAAUGUUCAGACAUCGUGGUUGGAUCGUCUGUGUUUAAUAUGCAAAUUUGCCUGCUAGGAUCAUAAUAUUCCACUUUUGAAAUGAAUGUAAGAAACGGAAACUCCUGCCUCUGUGUCCUUUGAAGGCCAAGAUUCUUGAAUUUUAACGGAAGAUGAUGCGCUUUGAGGGCACUCAGAGUAGUCCUCCCGUAUGGCUUGAAGGGAGAUCUAGCCUCUUUGACUUACAAGAGAGCAUCACUUAGCUUGCAGUAAGUAGUUCUGUCCGGCAUCAGAUGUGGUGUUGAUUUUAAACUGUAAUAACCGCCACGGUGGCCAUUAUUAAUGGCUUGAUUUCUCGUAUUGCUUUCGCCUGUGCAAAGUCCAGAAGUUUUCAGGCCUAACAUCAGUGUACAUACUAUGAAGCGUGGUCCCUAGCGUGCCAUCUUAAAGAAAAAUUACUUCGAUGGUAUUCAGUGUGUCUAUUCUGUUUCUGAAAGAACCACGUUCAGAUGUUUCUGCCCAUAUAAUGCCAAGAGAUGGUUUUCUCUUUUACAGGAUAUUUAUCCACCUUCACCCUACUGUCUUCUUUGCCUUAAAGGGAUACUUUUGGCCAUGAUUUUUUGGCUCUAAUUUAGGACUCAUAAGAAACAACCUUCGGAAUGUGAUGGUAUUUAAAUUUCUUUUUGAAAUUUGGUGGGUGAGAAUUGGGACAGGAAAAUGAAGUUGUUACAGUAGUGUGAGAACCAGGAGAUGAGAUGAGUCACUUCAUCGUUUAAACCGAGGUUCGUUUUUAUUGUUCACAUUGACUAGGAAGUUAAGUUUAUGCAGGGAUUGUUUUGGAAUAAAUAAAAGAGGCGCUAACCUUCAGAUGAGCUUUGUUGACAGUACCCCUUUAUUUUUAUAUAAAGUAAUAUUUGAAAAGUGGUCAUUAUUAUAAAAUAAAAUUAUCUCUUCCUAUUCUAAUAUAUCAUAUUUCAGGCUUCUAUUUGAAAGCAAGUACAAGAGAUGAUAUAAGAAAAUCCUAUAGAUGCUCUUUUUGCUUGACUAACUUAUAUAAUCAUACUCUGUUUCAUGAUAACUGCUUUUGGAAUAAAUAAUAGGAAGUUUUGUGAAAUGCUGACCUUGUGUAUAUCUUAGAAUGCAAAUUUAAUAAAGUGUGUACACAUGCAUAAAAUUCU